GCACCUUCAGGAACAGCAGACGGUGGGUCCGAGGUGUCCGCAGCUUAACGAUUUUCUCUGGUUUUCAUGAAGAAACCGCGCCGGUGCCGGUAAAGAGUCGAGCUGAACUUUAAACUGUUUGCUCUGAGAAGGUUCAAACAUCAUGUCCGCCUCCGCUAUAUUUGUGUUGGACCUGAAGGGGAAGGUGCUGAUUUGCCGGAAUUACAAAGGUGAUGUGGACAUGGCGGAGAUCGACCACUUCAUGCCCUUGCUCAUGCUGCAUGAAGAGGAGGGACUUCUCUGCCCUGUAAUAUCACACGGCAACGUUCACUUCAUGUGGAUCAAAUACAGCAACCUCUACCUUGUGGCCACCACAAACAAGAACUCCAACGCCUCCCUCGUGUACUCAUUUCUCUACAAACUAGUCGAGGUGUUCACAGAGUACUUCAAAGAGCUGGAGGAGGAGAGCAUUCAGGAUAAUUUUGUGGUCGUCUAUGAGCUGCUGGAUGAGUUGAUGGACUUUGGAUUCCCUCAGACUACUGACAGCAAGAUCCUACAGGAAUACAUCACUCAGGAAGGUGCCAAGCUUGAGGUGGCAAAGAGCAAGGUGCCAACCACCGUCACCAAUGCUGUCUCCUGGCGGUCGGAGGGCAUCAAAUACAAGAAGAACGAGGUCUUCAUUGAUGUCAUUGAGUCCAUCAACGUACUGGUGAAUGCAAAUGGCAGUGUGAUGAGCAGCGACAUCGUGGGCAGCAUCAAGCUGAAAACCAUGCUGUCCGGUAUGCCUGAGCUGCGGCUAGGCCUCAAUGAUCGAGUGCUUUUUGCCCUCACAGGACGUGACAAGGGGAAGACGGUGGCGAUGGAGGACGUGAAGUUCCAUCAGUGUGUCCGCCUGUCGCGUUUUGAGAACGAUCGCACGAUCUCGUUCAUUCCUCCAGAUGGGGAGUCCGAACUCAUGUCUUACCGCAUCAAUACUCAUGUAAAGCCUCUGAUAUGGAUUGAAUCCAUCAUUGAGAAAUUCUCUCACAGUAGGGUGGAAAUCAUGGUUAAGGCAAAAGGACAGUUUAAGAAACAGUCGGUGGCAAAUAAUGUGGAGGUGAGGGUCCCUGUUCCCAGUGAUGCCGACUCACCCAAGUUCAAAACCAGCACAGGCAACGCAAAAUAUGUCCCUGAAAAGAACAUGGUGGUGUGGACCAUCAAGUCUUUCCCUGGAGGUAAAGAGUUUCUCAUGAGAGCCCACUUCGGUUUGCCAAGUGUGGAGAAUGAUGAGAUGGAGGGCAAACCUCCAAUUACUGUCAAAUUUGAAAUCCCGUACUUCACAGUCUCAGGAAUACAGGUGCGGUAUAUGAAAAUCAUAGAAAAAAGCGGUUACCAGGCUUUACCCUGGGUCCGCUACAUUACACAGAGUGGAGAUUACCAGCUGAGGACCAAUGUGUAAAGGUUUACUGUGUAUUCCUCAUAUCCAGGACUUCCAGAGGAGCAUCAAUGAUCACUUUAACCAGACUGAAAGAAUGUCUUAAAAAUUUCACUUGCUCAAUGCAAAGUCAAUGAUCUUGUUUUAUGAAAUCUGUGUGGAAAUUUUAAUGUUUCUACUGUGUGCAAAUUAUUUAAAUGCUUAAUCAUGUUAUUCCCUAAAUACAAUUUUUAAACAGCAA